AUGCCUCGUCCGAAGAAACCAGGCGCUCCAGAACCAAAAAGGAGAAGUAGAAAAGGCUGUUGGCCAUGCAAGGCUCGGAAAGUGAAAUGGUACAGCGGUGAAGAGAAGCCGGCAUGUCUCAAUUGCAAGCGCCAGGGUGACAAGUGCGAUUAUAGCAUCCGGUUAAAUUGGGAGGGUCGAUCAAAGAAGCGAGCCAUAGCUGAGAAUACUAGACUGGAUAACGAAUCUAUACCGCCUCCUUUGUCGCCAUCUACUCCAAAUUCCGGAAAUGAUAGGGCAAGUGGCUCCCCUAUCUCUGCUGUAAAUCAUAUCUUCAUGCCGAUACAGCAAUACCAAAGCCAGGUCAAUAAAAUCAGUCCGGGUCAGGAUGGGGUGUCUACAGGGCGGUUUGAGAGCCCAAUUAUGACAACCAACAAUGUGCAAUAUUUACCACCUAGCGGUACCAGCGCUCAAACAAGAACGACUGCGGAUCAAGCAUGGCUGCCGUACUCACCAGGCUCCAAUCCCGAUACGCCACAGGGAUAUUCAACUCCAUUGUUACAACAUCAGAAAAUCUCGCCGAGUGAGAAUAACCAAGUUAUUCCAUCUAGCUCCUCUACUCGGCAUGUAGGCCCUCCAAGCCUAAUGAGUACAUCACUACCUAGCCACGGGUUUCUAACCAAUAAUAUACCAAUGUUUCUCUCGCCUAGUGUUACUACUAAAGGCUCGCCAGGCUCGUCCGCAUCAGAUGAAACUUUUCUGCAAUUCUCGUCAACUUCGACAACGGGUGACGUUAAUGCAUUUUCGGAUAUGCAUCGUGUUUCUGUAGACUCAUUGUUGUCUCAUGCGAUCCCGCCUGGGCCUGACCCAAACCAUGUAAGGGACUAUGGAUUAGACCGCGGCGAGCCCGAUUUGGAUGUGCAUAGGGAUAUUGAAUUCCUAGCGAGCCUUCGCGACCAUUCUAUAAGGGAUGUUGACAGUGCUAGAAUCAUUCCAUGCUAUACAGGUUCUAGCGGCACUACUACUCCGUCCUCUUCGCCAGAGGGCAUGCCAAUGGAAAAUCAACGAAACGUGACAACUGUCUUUUCUAGAGGAGGCUAUUAUGCCAAACCUGUCCCGAUAUAUAUAUCAAGAUUUCUAUCACCGCUACCGCCUACUUUACUUGAUAGCCCGAUAAAUAUGCUCUAUUUCCAUCAUUUUAUAAACCAUACAGCUCGAAUUUUGGUACCCCAUGAUUGCUUCAUGAACCCUUUCGCAACGGUACUACCUUCAAUGGCUAUUGAAGACGAAAACAUUUUAAACUUGUUGCUGACAUAUUCAGCAAGCCAUAGGGCGCGUCUUUUGGGCCAUGCAGAACCAUACACACGCAUCGCCCGUUGGACUAGCUCCGUGUUCCCGUCCCUUCGACACGCUCUAAAUGACCAGAACAAGAAAACGUCUGCUGCAACCUUGGCCACGGCGAUCAUGCUAGUCUCCCUUAAAGUAAUAUCACCUACUACAUUUGAGGUUCCCAUCCGAUGGGAAAGCCAUCUGAUGACAGCACGCGAGAUAUUCCUUGCACGCCAAAAGGCAGACCCUAGUCAUUUUACUGGGCAGGUUAAUUCCUUCCUCCACCGCUGGCUAGUGUAUCUAGACCUCUUUGGCAGCCUUUCCUCCAGACGAGCAGAGCCGCCAUUGUUUAAUGGCACUUAUUGGCCGCUUGAUACUCCAGCAGGAAAGGGUCAAGAUAUGGUUCUAGACAAAGAGCUUGAAAUCGACUGUUUCAUGGGGUUUACUCCCCGAUGUUGCUCACUUUUAUCGCGGUUAAGUGUGUUGACGCACCAGUGCGACAAUGUACGUGUCGACCCAGCGGGACGUCUCUUUACAAGCUGGCAUCCGCCAGCGCAUGUGCUCGACAGGGCGGAGAAGCUGUUGCAAGACAUGGAGGCAGCAAAUCCUGUUCGUACACGGGGACGUAGAAUACACCACCAUAAACCGGUAGAGCCCGGCAUGGCUGCAGUGGACGAGGCAUAUCGACUUGCAGGGAUGAUCCAUCUUCAUCGAAGGGUUUUCGGUCGUAAGGCCUCAGAUCCGAUCGUCAGAGGUCUGGUUGAUGCACUUUUCGAAACGCUCAAUCAGGUUUCUCGCGGUGGGCAGGAGGAAGUGUGUGUUCUGUUCCCGCUCUUCACUGCCGGUUGUGAGAGCCAGGAUGUAGGCCAGCGGCAGCAGGUCAGUGAGCGUGUUCAGGGCUUUGAAAGCGUCGGCAUGAAACAGAUACGGGGGGCGAGAAAGCUCAUGCAGAGGUCCUGGCGGGGAAGCCCUGCCGUGAAUGUCCUUGCUGAUGACGAAAUUUCUGGCAUGAUAAUGAUGUAA